AGCUGUCCUUCGUAAACGCCUGAGCUAAAUACAAAAUAUCAAUGGGAGAAAAACGAAUCGUUGUUUCCAAGACAUUUGAAAGCAGUAUGUGAUAACAUGGAAAUGCUUUUAUUUCUAAUAUAUUUUAUCGUUUUAGUUUAUAAAGUAACAAGAGGAGGAGAAAUAAAAUAUCAGGCGAGAAUGUCGACAGCUUUAGACAGGGUAGUUGAUUUUUUUUAAAACACCCCUCUUGAGCAGUUUAGCGGUGUUCAAUAAUUCAAAAUGGCAUAAUUUAUUGUGACUUUUUGUGCUGAGGCCUGUGAUACUGGUGCCCUCUGGUGGCGGCAGGAUGGUGGUGGAGGUAGAGAACUUUUUUGGGGUGUAUAUGCUCUACUGCACCAACCCCAAGUUCAAAGGCCGCAUCUAUAUCGGGUUCACGGUGAAUCCGGAGCGCCGGAUUGGUCAGCACAAUGGUGGGCGGCAGAGGGGCGGAGCCAAGAGGACGAGUGGGCGUGGUCCAUGGGAGAUGAUCUUGAUAAUUCAUGGCUUCCCUUCGGACAUUGCGGCUCUGCGGUUCGAGUGGGCGUGGCAGCACCCGCACUCUUCCCGCCGCCUGGCCCACGUGGCUCGCAAGUCCCGCCGCGAGUCCAGCCUGGAGUUCCACUGGCGUGUGGUCUCCCACAUGCUGCGGGUGGCGCCCUGGAGCCGGCUGCCCCUGACCGCCCGCUGGCUCAAGCAGGAGUACCGGCUGGACUUCGAACCCGCCCUCCAGCCCCCCCUGCACGUGCCCAUCGCCUUCGGGAGUGUCCGCGCCAAGAAGACCAGCGGGCGGGAGCCGGGCACACUCGCCACGGGCACAGAGAAGUGCGUGUUGUGUCGGGAGUCCAUCGAGUUGUCUGAAGACCUGCUCUGCUGUUUCCACCCCUCUUGUCACAUGACCAGUCACGUGACCUGCUUGGCCAAGCACUUCCUCCAGGCAGAGCCUGCCCACCUGCUUCCUGUGGAGGGGAUUUGUCCUGGGUGUGAAUCCCCAGUGCUCUGGGGCAGUCUGAUCCGCUACAAGAAGGGUUGCUAUGGAGACUUAGAAGAAAUUAGCGCUUCUUCCCAGAGUCACUGGGCAGACGAGCUGCAGCUGUGAUUGGAACCAUGAUGCCACAUCUGGACAGGAAGUGUCUACACAGCUGAGAGCCGCAGCCAAUGAGCAUGGAGAACACAGCUGCUGUUUCCAAAGGAGAGAGCAGCCUCUCUGCAGGCCUGACCACAAGAUUUCUGGUUAGCGCACCUUGACCGCUCCAGCUGUUUUGCGGAUUUUGGAAAUGGAUUAUCUCUUUUCCUCCAACCGUGGUACGAUGGGCGAUUUGUAAAAUGCACUGGCUUGUCGCCGGUACAGGACCUGGAAAGCAGUUUGAGACCUGGAAAGAUCUGUGCUAUAUGUCCCUUUGAUCAAGAGCUGAUCUCUGUAGUCUGCAGGUUUUGUAGGCCUUCUAAAAAAAUGGCAGUACAGGACCUCACACAAGUGAUUAUGUUAGGUAAGGCUUGAUUGAAUCAGUGUACCCUUCCUGCACACUUCCUGCAGCUACCCAGUCCUGGUCUGGGUUACCACAGCAUCUCUUAGUCUUGCUAGGCUUGUAGGCGUUCAGCUGGUGUCUCGAUUGAAUUAAUUACUUGAGUAACUACUCUUUUUAAUUAUUUCCUCCACUUCAAUUAUGACGCUUCCAGAUUACUUGUGAUUUUUUUUCUUCCAAAUACACAAUAAAACUGCUGACAUUUCCAGAACAGGAAUUCAGAAAGGUCUAAUUAGUGAAGAGUUAGUUGAAGCUGGGGGCUCAAUGAAAUAAUUGGUUGGAAUGAAACCAGCAGGCACCGUCAGUCAUAAGAACCUGGAUUAGGAAACCAGCAACACCUCCUGGAGUAUUGACAUGAAGUUAACCAAGAGCCCUGGGUGUCAGGAGCUUCUGUUUUGUAAUUUUAGGCCUGCUGUGUUCAAGAUGAAAUAUCUGAAUCCCCUGUCUAAACUCCACUAAUUCAAACUCGUUUUUUGCUGCUUGCUAGGACGAAUCUGGUCUCAGUGAACUUCAAAUACAGAUCAUCGAUAAGCAAGUAUAGUUCUGUAAACAACAUUUACUAGAUGUAGCUGUGAACCUGUUUCACAUGAAAGCUGUUGACACUGUGGUGCGCGCCUGAGUGCAUCAGUGCUCAGUGUAGACUGCUUAAGCUGUGUUUCAUCUCCCUGUGCAGCCUCUUGGGCAAAGAUGAUGAAUGUCUGGAAACCAGCAGCUCCAUUUUCAUAGUGAGGCUGGAUCAAGCGGGUAAUCACAUCUGAUAAACAGCCGCAAGAAUUCCCCCCCAAAAAAUUUUAAUGGCAUUAUACUAUGUACAGCCGACUUUUUAAAAAUGUUUGUAGAACCCAUGCAAUAAAUCUUUUUUAAAAGUAUUUAAACACAUAGCUGUAUACGUUGAUGUCAAUGUAAGUAGACAUUGUGAGCUGUUAUUAAAAAUAAAAUCAGUAUAUAGAGUAAAUCUGAUAAUGACUGAUAUGAUUAUGAUGUUGUAAAAUCAUAUAGGAGGGUACGAUCAUAAAUAGAGAAUGACAAUAAACAACAGUUUUCUUUU